AUGGAUUCAGAACCAAUAACUCCAACAAGUUCUCUGGCAAAAAAAAGUGUAAGAGAUCUUUAUAAUGCUUCUUCUAUGCCAAUUUAUCAAACUGCUACCUUUAAACAAACAUCUACAACACAAAUGGGUGAAUUUGAUUAUACUCGUAGUGGUAAUCCAACACGCACACAUUUAGCAAAAAGAGCAUUUGUAGUAAGUAGUGGUAUGAGUGCGUUAGACGUUAUUUCUCGUUUAGUCAAAGCUGGCGAGGAAAUUAUUGCAGGAGAUGAUAUAUAUGGGGGUACAAAUCGUCUCUUGGUAUUUCUUCAUAAACAUUAUGACAUUAAAACUCAUCAUGUUGAUACAACAAAUACGGAUUCUAUUUUACCAUAUUUGCAUCCAACAAAGACCCGACUUAUUCUUUUAGAAUCACCUACAAAUCCAUUACUUAAAAUAUCUGACAUACCAAGAAUUGCUUCAAUUGUACAUGAACGUUGUCCGAAUGCUCUAAUAGUAGUAGAUAACACUAUGAUGUCCCCGUAUCUUCAACGACCCUUAGAAUUUGACGCCGAUAUUGUAAUACAUUCCGGCACAAAAUAUCUCAGUGGUCAUCAUGAUUUAAUGGCUGGUGUAAUUGGCGUUAAAGAUGAAACUCUUGCUGAGAAAAUAUACUUCACCAUUAAUGCAACUGGGUGUGGUUUAGCACCUUUUGAUUCAUGGCUAUUGUUACGUGGUAUCAAGACAUUGGCGGUUCGUAUGGAGAAACAACAAUCAAACGCCAUACAAAUAGCAAAUUUUCUCGAGUAUAAAGGAUUCAAAGUCAAAUAUCCUGGGCUGAGAUCACAUCAACAAUUCGAUCUACACCACACAAUGGCUACCGGUCCAGGUGCUGUGUUAAGUUUUUUAACUGGAGAUGUAAAAACUAGCGAACAAAUCGUCGAGUCUACAAAGUUGUGGGCUAUUAGCGUUAGUUUUGGAUGUGUAAAUUCAUUGAUAAGUAUGCCAUGUAGAAUGUCACAUGCAAGCAUUCCUGCAGCUGUAAGACAGGAAAGAGGUUUUCCGGAAGAUUUAAUUCGUCUAUAUUUAUAUAAUGCGUUAGUUAUAGCCAAAGCAGUUGAUGUAGUAAUAUCAGAAAGUGGGAUUGUAAAUUAUAACCAUAACAAUAAUACAUUUUUAAAAAAUGAAGAAGAUGAAACAAUAGAUUUAAAUAAAUAA